AUGAAGCAGUGGUUCGGGGACUUGAAUUUGAAUGUUGUUCUCAGAAUGGUUGCUGGGAAAAGAUAUUUUGGUGCAACUGCCGAUGGGGAUAAAAUAGAGGUAAGGCAAUGCCAGAAAGUAAUGAGGGAUUUCUCUCAUUUUGCAGGAUUUUUUAUUGUGGGUUAUAAUAUCCCUUAUCUUAAAUGGUUGGAUAUAGGUGGAUAUGAGAAAAAAAUGAAAGAAACUGGAAAAGAAAUGGUUAAAAUUGUUGAGAAAUGGUUGGAAGAGCACAAGCUUAAGGCAAAUUCUGGUUGUGAGCGGGAUUUCAUGGAUGUGAUGCUUUCAGCUGUAGAAGGCACAAACCUUCAAGAUUAA